AUGAUGUCCCCGCCCUUCUCUGCUUACUAUUACUAUAUACCCCAAAAAGUCAUCUGCCUUUACGCUUUUAAUUUUCCCUCACUUUCUCUCUUCCCAAACAUAUCUUUCUCUGACACAUCUCUACAGCUUUAAUUAUAACAAUCAUUGAGUUUAAUUAUUAUUAUUGUUAUUAAUCCAUCAUGUUUCAGAGCUUAGUUCCUCAAUCUCCCCCAAUCAAUUCCAAUUCGAAUUCCAAUUCUAACCCUAAUAAUUCUACUUCUUCUUCCAUGAAGACAGCUAAGCGCACCGCUAGAGAAACAAUCGCAGCUGGCGACGAUCCUUCUGCCAAAAGACCUAACUUAGAUGAUACCGCCGCCGCUAUUAAAGAAGGAGAAGAAGAAGAAGAAGAAGAUUCCACCGGUCUGAGACUCCUCGGUCUUUUGCUACAAUGCGCUGAGUGUGUAGCCAUGGACAACCUCGAUGAAGCAGCUGAUCUCCUCCCCGAAAUCUCGGAACUCUCAUCACCUUUCGGAUCAUCAUUUGAGCGCGUUGGUUCUUACUUCGCUCACGCGCUUCAAGCGCGUGUAGUAAGUUCCUGUUUAGGUACUUACUCACCUUUAACGUCAAAAUCCCUAACGUUAACUCAAUCUCAGAAAAUCUUCAACGCUUUCCAAUCCUAUAAUUCAAUCAGUCCAUUAAUCAAAUUCUCUCAUUUCACUGCUAAUCAAGCAAUUUUUCAAGCUUUGGAUGGCGAGGAUCGUGUGCACGUCAUCGAUUUUGAUAUUAUGCAAGGCCUUCAAUGGCCUGGAUUGUUCCAUAUACUUGCUUCAAGGUCCAAAAAGAUCCGGUCCAUGAGGAUAACCGGGUUUGGGUCUUCCUCUGAGUUGCUCGAGUCUACUGGGAGGAGACUAGCUGAUUUUGCUAGCUCACUUGGUUUGCCAUUUGAGUUCCAUCCCUUGGAGGGUAAAAUUGGAAGUGUGAGUGAUAUCAGUCAACUUGGGAUUAGACCAAGAGAAGCUGUUGUUGUCCAUUGGAUGCAUCAUUGUCUUUAUGAUAUAACAGGCAGCGAUUUAGGGACGUUGAGAUUGUUGACUUUGCUAAGGCCUAAAUUGAUCACAACUGCUGAACAAGAUUUGAGUCACGCUGGUAGUUUUUUAGGUAGAUUUGUUGAGGCUUUGCAUUAUUAUAGUGCUUUAUUUGAUGCAUUAGGGGAUGGAUUGGGUAUAGACAGUGUGGAGAGACAUACUGUGGAGCAGCAGUUGUUUGGGUGUGAGAUUAGAAAUAUUGUUGCUGUUGGUGGGCCCAAGAGGACUGGUGAAGUGAAGGUGGAGAGAUGGGGGAAUGAGUUGAGACGGGCCGGGUUUCAACCCGUUUCGCUUGGGGGUAACCCGGCUGCUCAGGCUAGUUUGUUGCUAGGGAUGUUCCCUUGGAAAGGGUAUACUUUGGUUGAGGAGGAAAAUGGGUGCUUAAAGUUGGGGUGGAAGGAUUUGUCUCUGUUGACUGCCUCUGCUUGGAAGCCGUCUGACUGAAGUACUUUGUUUGGUCAAAUGGAUAAUAUAAUUCUUUUUCUAUUAAAACCAAUGGGUUCAAUCAUUGGCGUAAUUUGAGUUCAUUGGAUCAAUCUAUUUUAUUAUGAUUGUUACUGCAGGACUGGGUUCUAGUGAAUCUGUUUCCAGGAACUAUUUGUAUCCAGAACUACCAAUGACAGGCACGGGACUAUCAAUUUAAAAGUUAUGAUGCGUCCAGACAUAUGAAGCACACUUACAAUGUCUUUGCAGCGAUUUCUCAUCCAAACUUCCUGAAACAAUACAGGUUUCUGAGGAUGUGACAGUUCAUUUACAGCAUUCAUCAACUUACAGGCUACUGAUGGAGAAGGGUCGCCUUUGAUUGUCAAGGAAUUGGGAAAAUAUGAUCUUAACUACAAAGUUUAAAGCACAAGUUCAAUGGGAGAGUUGUUGUACAGAUUAUAUAUCAGCAUUAGCAUGGAGAAACAAAUGAUUUUUUUGGCUCGACAUUGGAAUUUGUCUGGUGCCCGAUGGAGAAGGUGUUGAUUAUCAUUUUUUUCAAUUCAUUUACUAUAGAAAAAAAGAAUGGGUUAUGAAUCACUUCUAAAUUGUUGGGGCAAAUCCAAGUGUUGAAGGUAAUUGGAGAAGGGAGAGCUUUGAAGUUUUCUUCCUUACUCUUUGUUGGUUGUUUACUUCCUUGCUUGCUUGCUUGGAGAUGGGUAACAUAAACAAUUCCAUGCCUACUUGCUGAUUAAAAUUUGGAAGGGCAGAGGUACGGUGCUCAUGUUGGAAUUUUGAAGGAGGGCUUCUUAUGGUGGGUUUUCCUUAUUGAAUCAUGUUAGUUGCUGAGUUAGGCUUGAUACUUCCCCCGUUUGCCAUGUAUACCUUCUUGUACCUUUUGUAGGAACGAAAUUAGACGUUCGGAGCUCUGAUCAUUAUUUUAGCCAAACUCACCCGUAUUCUGAAGUUCUUAUUGAUGAAUCACAUCCAUUAAUCCACUGAAAUAUAUAAAGGACUUUUCUUUGCUUUGCUA